AUGGAAAAGACCUUUGAUAAUAAGUUAAAAGAUGAUAAUAAACUAGAAAAAUUUAAGAGUAUCUUAGAAGAGAAGUCUCGAAAACUUAAGAACGAUUUCCUUUUUAGAGAUAUUUCUAAAAAAUGGGAUUAUAAUGAAAAAGAAACAACCGUAUUAAAAUAUUUUGUAAAUCUUUCUUUGAAAGAUACGAAAACCAUCGAAGAAAUUCACCAAGAAUGGCGUGUCUACAACAAAGAAAUUGAUGAAAAGAUAAGAAAAACAUUGCUUGAAGUAUUCAAAGUAUUUAAUGAUGAAGAAUUAUUAAAUAAGAAGGACAAACAAAUUUUAUGCUAUUUCUACUUUUUGAUAGUAAAUUAUGCUUUUGGUUAUGUUUACUUGAAUGAAGAAAAUGAUAAAAAAGAAAAUCAUGGUCAUGUGAAGAUUGAGAAAAAAGGACAAGAUAAUAAUAAUAAGACUUUCAUAGAAAUCAGUGUAGAAAUUGUUAUUAGGAAAUUAAUGAAUAUCUUUAAUGCUUUAAAAGAUGAAGAUUUCAAUGAUAAAAAAAAGGCAGGCAUUUUCUUCGCACUUAUUGUUAUGUAUUAUAUGACAUAUAUUGGGGUUUUUCCUAACGGAAAUUAUUCAAAGAAUGAAUUAGAAAAAAGGCUAAAAGAAGAAUGUUCUCUUAUCUUCAAUGAGGACAAUAUUAUUUUUUUCAGUAGUACCUCUGCCAACUUUUCUUUCGAUAGUGAUCAUGCUAUCAAAUUUAAUAUUUCAAAACACCUCGAAAAUGUAAAAACUAAAAGUGAACAGAUGAUGGAAUUGUAG